AUGGCGACUUCAGGGAGGAGUGCAUUAUUAUCCUCCACCUCAACUGGACCUAAGAGCACACUGGAGAGCUCCAACCUAGAAGAAGAUGACGGGCAGGACUUGUGGUCGACCAUCCUGAGUGAAGUAUCAACCCAUUCAAGAUCGAAGCUACCGUCCGGGAAAAAUGUCCUGGUUAUGGGUGAAGUGGGAUCGGGGAAGACCACCUUGGUUGCUAAGCUACAGGGAGUUGAAGAGUUCAUGAAAGGGCGUGGUCUGGAAUACCUCUACUUCAGUGUCCAUGACGAUGACAUUGAUGAUCAAACCAGGUGUAAUGCCUGGGUGUUAGAUGGAGACCUUUAUCACAAAGGUCUGCAGGGAGUAGCUGUACCAGUGGACGCGAUCAGCAACACAUUGCUGCUGAUAACAGUUGACAUGUCACGGCCAUGGAACGCCUUGGACUCUCUCCAGAAGUGGGCCGCCGUCGCUAGGGAACACAUCGACAAACUCCGGGUCCCCCCAGAAACACUGCGGGAGCUGGAGCACAGACUUGUAAAGCAGUUCCAGGAGUACACAGAGCCAGGCAGCGGGGAGGACGGCACCCCGCAGAGGAGGAGUGAAGAGGAGGAGAGUGUGCUGCUGCCGUUAGGAGACAACACACUGACACACAACUUGGGCAUACCUGUGGUGGUUGUCUGCACCAAGUGUGAUGCCAUCAGCACAUUGGAGAAGGAGCACGACUACAGAGACGAACACCUGGACUUCAUCCAGUCCCACAUCAGACAUUUCUGCCUGCAAUAUGGGGCAUCUCUGGUUUACACAUCAGUGAAGGAGAUGAAGAACCUGGACGUGCUUUAUAAAUAUCUCGUCCACAGACUCUACGGCUUUCCAUUCCACUGCCCUGCACAAGUGGUGGAAAGGGAUGCUGUCUUCAUUCCAUCAGGUUGGGACAAUGAGAAGAAGAUUGCCAUACUUCACGAGAACUUCCAGACAGUAAAAGCAGAAGACAGCUUUGAAGACGUAGUUGUCAAACCGCCUGUCAGAAAGAUUGUACAUGAAAAGGAGAUUCAGGCUGAAGACGACCAAGUGUUCCUGGUAAAAUUGCAGUCACUGCUCGCCAAACAGCCCGCUGUGACAGCAGGACGACCGGUGGACACCACCAGCAGAGCACCCACCGGUUCCCCCAGGACGAGUAAUCGCUCUGCAGCGGCCAACGUAGCAAACGCAAUGCCACAGUCAGGUCAAACCAGUGAGGGUGUCUUGGCCAACUUCUUCAACAGUCUACUGACAAAGAAAGCAGGGACAGGAGGGCCAGGGACGCCAGGUGGUGGUAACAACACUCCAGGAACUGUACGCAAGUCAGGUUCGAAGCUGGGCCUGAGUGAUGUACAAGCAGAACUGGACCGCAUAUCCAGCCGGGAGACUGACUCGGACUUGCCCAAUGCCAACGAGACCCCUGCCACCGACGGCCAAGACACAUGAAGACCAACACACUUCACCCCGCUCUACUUCUCUCCUCCUCCACCUCAGUCACCCUCUACCUCUUUUGCCCUUCAUCCCUCUACUGUUGCCCUCUGCUCCAUCACAAAGAUGCAGGGGAACAAAGAGGGAAGCAGGGGAAAAGGAAAGGUGGAGACACGGUUUUUGCUCCUUGUUAUAUUUCACUCUCCUUAAGGAGAAGAACUCGCCCUCUCUUCCCCUGCUCUUCCUCCUGCAACUCAUUCUCUUCCACCACUUUUCUCUCGCUCUCUUCCCUUCCUGGCUGUUACACUGGGGGUGAA